AUGGCAGACCGCCGCAGUGCACGAGCGAGAUCUAGUGCAGGUGCCCCGUACGAUCUCAACAGACCUGAGAAUUGGACAGUCGAGAAACUCAGAGAGGAGUUAAGAAAGAACAACGUUAGUUUUCGUCAGUCCGACAAAAAUAGUGUGCUAUUGAAGAAGGUUAAAGACUUGACUUCUAGUCGUAGUCGCGUGGAUCAUGAAGAGCGCCCCGUACAGUUAGCAUCGGGCUCGAGUAACAGAAACGGAUUCCAAGAUGGCGGCGACCAUCGCCAACUAAUGCAAACGAUCUCGACUCUUACGGAAACAGUGUCAAAGUUGCAAGAUGAACUAAGAAUCGUUUCAAGUAAAGUGCACAGCGAUCAAGCAACGAGUUCUGAUGCAGUGGAUACGGGACGGUUGAUCGCACAGGAACAGCAGAGGCCCGGGGACGAUCAUCACAAUGGCUUCACUCUACAAUCCGCUCUACGGAAUCCAAGCCAAAGUGUCGAGGGUAGGUCAAGCUUUCUUCAAAAAACGAAGUUUGGUUAUGCUAUAGAAUCAUUGCCCUUUGUGGAAACUGUGUCCCCUUCGAUUCGUAAGGCCAUUAUUGAAGGUAAAGACGUAAACCUAGCACAGCUCCUGAUACCAACGACCAACGCCAUUUCUCUCAGGGACAAAGAAACGAAAUACGGAGAAGAGAAACCGGUAAAAGAUCCAAGACUUUAUAGAAGCCUGUCAAUCUCAGAAUUCAUCUAUGCGUUUGGCAUUUACAAAAAUAUCAUGUGCCAAACUUACCCGCAGAGAAGAGAAGAGCUGGACUUGUAUGAGAGAGACAUUGUAGACAUGUCUAAUCGCUAUGGCGGUAAGGGCUUUUAUGAAUACCAUAAAACCUUUUCAGCACGAGCAGCAGCACAUUUGAAGUACUCAAACAUACCUGUAGACUGGUCUGUUAGGGAUAACACUCUUUUCUGCAACAUAUUUGCAAACUUGCGUCCUUCUGCAUGCUACAUAUGUAAUAGCAUCAGCCAUACUGCUGGAUUUUGCCCUAUGACAACAUCUAAGAACAACUCCACUAUACGGACUCAAAGGAAAGGUCAAGAAUCAGACAGUCAAGGACGUCCUCGUGUAGCAUACCAAGACAGGGAAAUUUGCAAUAACUUCAACUCAUUUAAAGGUUGUGAAAAUGCUAGAUGUGGAAAUGCCCAUGUUUGUUUGCGGUGCCAAGGAGAUCAUUCAGUCAAAAAAUGCAACGACUCAAAAAACGGCCAGACACCCCGCUCCAAACAUUAAGCGGGGUUAAUUUUCAGUCAAGUGUGUCAUCAUCUUUAAAAGUAUCUGUGCUGCAAGAGGAACUGAA